AUGCUACUACGUAAACCUGAAUUUAAGGCCCAGUAUGAUGAGGUCCUAAAAGAAUAUUUAUCACUAGGACAUAUGGAAAUGCUUGAAAAUACGUCAUAUGGUUCAGGAUAUUAUUUACCUCAUCAUGGUGUUUUUAAGCCAGAAAGUACAACUACAAAAUUAAGAGUAGUAUUUAAUGCCUCUUGCAAAUCAUCUACUGGCAAAAGUCUGAAUGAUUUGUUGUACACUGGCCCAAUUUUACAAACAGAUUUAGUAGCUCUAAUAUUAAAAUGGAGAUUUUAUGAGUUUGUUUUUAACGCUGACAUCUCAAAAAUGUAUCGUCAGAUCUAUAUAAAACAAGAACAUAGAGCAUUCCAGAAAAUUUUGUUUCGUAGUUCUGAUAAUAAGGAAAUUGAAGAUUUUCAAUUAAAAACAGUUACAUUCGGUGUAAAUUGUGCCCCAUAUUUAGCUCUUAGGACCCUGCUUCAAUUAGCUGAUGAUGAAGAGCAAACUUUUCCCCUUGGCUCACAAAUUCUUCGUGAAUUUAUGUAUGUAGACGAUGCUCUAGUAGGAGCUCAUUCUAUAUCAGACGCUCUAGAGGCAAGAAACCAAUUAAUUGGUAUAAUGAAUACUGCAGGGUUUGAGUUAAGAAAAUGGACCUCAAACAGCAAGCAAAUUUUAAAAAAUCUGCACGAAAGUCAUCUUCUAAAUUCAUCCUUUUUGUCGCUCGAUGAUAAAAGCACUACGAAAAUGCUUGGCGUUCGUUGGAAUGCAGCUGGUGAUUAUUUUUAUUUUUAUACUGAGAAAAUAGGACUAAAGACAAGUUAUACAAAACGAGAAGUUCUUUCAGUUAUAGCUCGUCUUUUUGAUCCUGCAGGAUGGUUAGCUCCUGUAGUGAUCACAGCUAAAAUAUUAAUGCAAAAUAUGUGGCUCGAUAAAAUCGAGUGGGAUGAUUGUAUUAAACCAUUAACGUUAAAAAAAUGGCAAGAUUUCAUUUCAAAAUAUAAUGAUAUAAAUUACAUUAAGCUUUCUCGGUGGGUACAGUUUAGUCCAAAUUAUAAAAUUGAAUUUCAUGGUUUUUGUGACUCAUCAGAAUUAGCAUAUGCAGCCAAUAUUUACGUAAGGGUAGAAACUAAUUGUAACGUCUAUACAAAUUUGCUCGUUUGCAAAACAAAAGUAGCUCCGAUAAAAAAGCCAUCUUUGCCCCGUUUGGAAUUGUGUGGAGCAGUCCUUUUAGCAAAUUUGAUCGAAAGUGUAAUUCCAAAUUUGAAUAUUAAUUUGUAUUCCCUAUAUUUGUGGUCCGACUCAACGAUAGUUCUUGCGUGGCUACGAAAGCCUCCUUGUACUUGGAAAACCUUUGUAGCAAACAGAGUAGCCACAGUACUAGAAAAAGUUGGAAACGAAAACUGGUUUCACAUAGCAUCUGGUGAUAAUCCUGCUGAUCUAGCAACCCGGGGGCUGAUGCCUUUGGAGUUGAAAGACAAUAACCUAUGGUGGCACGGUCCUAAAUGGCUUAAAUCGAAUAGAUCGACUUGGCCCAAAGGCCCUUUAGUAUAUGAAACUUCAGAAGAGGCAAAGGAAGUUCAAGUUAAUAUUGCUAGAUCGAUAGAAAAAGAAGAUUUUCUUAACCGUUUCUCAAGUUUGCCCAGAGCUUAUCAUGUAAUUGCUUACAUCUUUAGAUUUUACAAUCUAGCUAGUAAGAGCAGACGAAAGUCCUUUAAUUAUGGCUCUCUUAGAAUUUCAGCUCAGGAACUUUUUUUCGUACGUCAGCGGUUAUUUUUCUUGUCGCAGCAAUUUCACUUUGCGACCGAAUUCAACAGUUUGUCAACAAAGAAGAAAAUUGAUCCUCGUAGUCCUUUAUUAACUCUUACUACUCCGUUUUUAGAUAGAAAUAACCUUAUUCGCGCUAACGGUCGUCUUGGCUCAACCAAGUGUUUAUCCUACAAUGAACGUCAUCCUAUUAUACUUGCAUAUAAUAGCAGGAUAGCACGUUUAUAUGUAGAAUUUGUGCAUUUACUAGUUUAUCAUGGAGGUCCUCGCUUAGUUCUCAACAUUGUUCGUCAAGAAUGCUGGAUACUAAAGGUAAAAAACUUAAUAAAAACCGUCAUUCACAAUUGCAAAGUUUGCACAUUAUACCGGAAAAAGUUACAAACUCAAAUUAUGGCAGACUUGCCUAUUGAAAGAACUACCUUUAGUCGCCCUUUCACUAAUACCGGCGUUGACUUUGCUGGCCCUUUCGAAAUUAAAAGUUUUACAGGCAGAUACUCUCGUAUUUCAAAAGGUUAUGUGUGUCUCUUUGUCUGUUUUUCUACGAAGGCUAUUCAUCUGGAAGCAGUAAGUGAUCUGUCUACUCCUGCGUUUUUAGCCGCUUUAGCUCGUUUUAUAGCACGUCGUGGUUGCCCAAGUCGUAUUUUCUCCGAUAAUGGUAGAAAUUUUGUAGGUGCUGCACGAGAACUAGAGUCUAAUUUUGGAAAACUUGUAAAAGAACUGCGAGAUACAGCUGUUGAAAAAUAUGGUCAUCAACAUUUAGAAUGGAGUUUCAUCCCUGCUGCAGCCCCACAUAUGGGUGGAUUGUGGGAAGCUGGCGUGAAGAGUCUGAAAAUACACUUCAAGAAAACUGUAGGCCAAUCAAAAUUCACCUUUGAGGAGUUUGCUACACUUUUAGCAAGAAUAGAAGCGUGUCUCAACUCUCGUCCAUUAGGUCCUAUAUCAGAAAACAUUGAUGAUUUGUCUGCCCUAACACCUGGCCAUUUUUUAAUAGGUUCUGCUUUACUUACUCCGGCUGAUCCAGAAGAAACAGAAUUGGCUCAUAAUAUACUCAAUAGGUGGCGAAAAGUAAAAGCUCUGCAACAGGAACUCUGUCACCGUUGGAAGGAGGAGUACUUAAAAGAACUGCAAAAACGCAAUAAAUGGAAACAUCCUCAAACCAACCUGAAAGAAAAUGACCUUGUGGCCUUAAAAAAUGAACCAUGUAGUCCCACAGAAUGGCGGUUAGGUCGUAUUGUAAAAGUUUUUCCUGGUCCUGACGGUAAAGUUCGGGUGGCUGAUCUCAGAACGCAAAAUGGCAUAAUUACUCGACCAAUACACAAAUUAGUUCUGCUCCCUAAUUGCUCUGAUUAA